AUGACUCAGAUACCUACACCCCCGGCAUCCAGACCAGGUUCGCAGGCACCCGAAAUUACGAGGCCGGUAGCUUCAGUGGACUUGGCCCGGCGUUUGGACACACUGCUGGAGCAAUAUUUGCACCUGCUUGAUCGGCAGCAAAGACUGCAGUCAAGUCUUGCUAAAGACUUAUCUGUAGGGGUUUUUGCCCUCGCCCAGGCCAAUUUCUCCAGUUCUCCUGCCCGCCGCUAUGGCCCUGAUUAUUACGAUGGACGCAUGAAAGCGACUAGGACAAUAUCAAUUGAAUCCGAACGGAACGCGGAAGGUCCCAUAGGCCAUGCGCAAGAAGGAAAGCAUAAGAUCGGGUCACCUGGCUAUAAUUACAGUUUCUCCUGCAAAUCCACACGCAGUCAUCGAUCAGAGAAGGCUGACGUGAAUGAGGAAAGCCAAUCCUCUGAUUGGGAGCAAAGUGAACCUCCUGAGGCCACCGAGGAUACAACCACCGGCGACGCCACCGGUUCAGUGCCAUCCGACCCUUCGGAGAUCAAGAUUACACCUGAAAAGCCCAAGACCGACCCCAAAACGCUUCGUUCCGAUCCAAUCAAUUGGUAUGGGAUACUCGUUCCCCAGUCGCUGCGCAGGGCACAAAAGUCUUUCACGAAUGUGAUCGAUAAUCAGGUACCCGAUCUCGCCAGUACUACUGUCGAAAUGCGAGCUUUGGAACAACAGAUAAACCAAUUGCGAGCGCAACUGGAAGAUGAAAUCACCAAACCAACUUGUCCUACAGUGAAUGAUACUUCAGACGUCAAACGACAAGUCGACAUUGGCAGUCGCCCAAAGCAUUCUAUCCCUGAAGUUCGGGUGACCACCUAG